AUGGUUUGGUGAGUCUACCCUUAUGCAUGCUUAAACAUUGACUGUGGGUGAUUUGAAUGGCUCAGAGCUCUAAGACGAGCUAUCUAUACAGGUGAAAAGAGAGCUGUUUUACUGCAAAAUCUCACCAAGGCGUUUUCAAAUGAAGAUAAUGUAAUAGUCUCUAUUAGUGUGCGCACAGCUUUUGAUGUGUAUUUGCAAGCGUUGAAUAUUCCGAAAGGGUCAGAGAUAUUGAUGACUGCGAUUAAUAUCCCUGAAAUGGUAAGGGUAAUAAAACUCCAUGGGUUUGUCCCAGUUCCUGUAGAUGUCGAUGUCAACACGUUGGCUGUCACACCAGAAAGAUUAGAGUCAGCAAUAACUGAUAAAACAAAACUUAUCCUCGCUACGUUCACUUAUGGAGUUAGAUAUGAUUUGGCUGGAAUUGCGAAGGUUGGGAAAAAGUAUAACAUACCAAUUUUCGAGGACUGCGCUGAAGGCUAUGUUGGGCCAAGCUAUAAAGGAGACCCAAAUGCUGAUGUUACUGUAUUCAGUUUUGGGCCGAUAAAACAUGCUACAGCUUUUCAAGGCGCUGUGAUGAUUAUUAGAAAUAAUCCUGAGAUCUUGCAGAAAGCAAGAAAAAUACAUGAUUCUUACCCAGUUCAGUCAGGAAAAAUUUAUCUCAAAAAAGUCAUAAAAUACUCAGGAGGGAUUGUGCUGCUAAAUUUAAGGUGGCUGAAUUAUAUACAACUAACUCCCCCCCCCCCUCCGUGAGCGACAAAAAAAUUUUGUUCGCUCACGGAGGGGGGUUAAUUUUUUUUUUAAAAAAAAAUUUAUAUAUAAAUUUUAUAAAAAAUAUUUUUUUCGAAAUUUAAAAAAAAUCCUAAUUUGCAAAAAUUGGGAAGCAAAUAUUAAUUUAAUUUGCAAAAUUUAUGUUUUAAAACGCAAUUUGUUUAAAAUUAAACAGAAUUAGCUCUAGAUUUCAUUAUACUAAUUAUCACUUAUAUAUCAAAAUUUUUUUUUCCAUUAAAAUUUUUUCUAUUAAAAAAAUUUUUGUUCACUCACGGAGGGUGGGUUUUUGGUCAAAAAAUGGCGAUUUUUCUAAUGGUUUUGUUCGCUCACGGAGGGGGGGGGGAGUAAGACCUAUUUUACUCAAUAUAGGUUUUGAUUAUAAAAAAAGAGUUGUCUCCUUAUUAAGAGGGUUUGCUCCUGGACAAGGUUUAGAAGUGUAUAGAUUUAGACCAUGCACUGCGAUGAUUUCUUUUUUAUAUAGAAGAAUAAGCCAUUUUGACGACAAAAAGUUCUACAAAGGCAUGAAAAGCAUCCAAGAAGGGACUGAUAUUUUGAUAAAAGGUGGAGUUACAGUGCCUGGGUCAAACCCAAAAGACAGAACUUUUUGGCUUUAUCCAAUUGUUACUAAAGAUGCUGCUAAAGCUUAUGAUGCUUUAAAUAAUGCUGGUAUUGAUGCUUAUCAAGGGAUAUCACAACUAUAUGCUGUCCCAGUUCCUGAAGGAUCAAAAUGUCCCAAGCCAGAUAAAGCUUAUGAAAUGUUUAAAAAUUUGCUAUAUCUUCCAAUUCAUAAAGAUGUCCCACAUAAAGAUAUAGUGAAAAUUUGCAAGCACACAGUAAAAUUGUUAAAUCCAAAACUUUAG